AUGGUGGCGUCGUGGGGUGGUGCUGUUGAGGUCAUUCAAUGGGGAAGUGUAUCAGAGGCUGCAGGUCUCGCUGUGUUUUCAUCCAGCCAGCGUACAAGGAGGACAGUUCUCUUGGGAAUGGGGGUUCCCCUGCGAUCAAUUGCCGCUGGCCCCUGUGGCAGCAUCGUUGCCACAGUCGAUGCCGAGCUGUCCUUCCACACAGGAAGGGCAUCUCCUGAAGAUGUGGUACAGCAUGCCAUAAGUACCGAGAAGAUUGUCAACCACCUGGAGUUGGACGAAGAUCCCAUCGACCUCAGGGGUCGAUGGGACCAGAGCAACAGUGAAGUUGUCAGAUGCCCAGCGCAAGUCCCAGAGGCCCUGAUACUUGACCAUUUUGUUGACAGGACUGUUCCGCCAGCAAGACUGUGUGUCUUUUGGCUAGCAAAGUUGGCACCACCAGCGAAUGUGAAAGGCACUUUUAUGCAGGAGUUCAAACCCAUGGACAGUGCCACGGGGUCUUUUCAGAUGAAGCUCCCAUUUGCCAUUCCAGAUGUGCUACAUGUGCACAGCAGAAGGGUUUUUGUGUCAAGCAGGCACAGUCCUCCCCUUGUUGGGAUAUUUGAAGCAGAGGAGGCGGGUCUGGCGCCUGUGACAUAUGUCGAAUUGGCCCCAAAUUGCGGGGAUGGGCAUCGAUUGAGAUGCCAAGGGCUGUGCACUUUCCGCGAUGGCCGUCGGUAUCUGGCAAUCAGUUUGAUGGCGAAUCUGCAAGCCCCAUCAUCCGUGUUUAUGCAUGGCUGUCCUGCUGCAUUGAGAAUUAGCUGCCACGAUAUAACUGAGCAUGUGGCACAGGAGGAAGACGAAAUGGGCGCGCAUGGCAUGGGGCCAGUGGCACACGAAUCACUAUGUCCUGGGGAUGCAAAUGCUGGUGUCCAAAGCACGCUCCUAGUGAGCUCUAGGCUGUCACAAAUUAUGAGUUUUCUGUCGUCUUUCCAAGAGCAUGUUGACAAUCGAUUGGACAAGAUUGAUGAGACUCUAGGUGUGCACUCACGGAAACUUGCAGAAAUUGAAAGAAUUCUGAAAAUGAAAAUGUAA